AUGUUCAUUGUCGCGACUAUCUCGCUAUCCAUGUUUACGGACACCUUUCUCCACGGAAUGAUCAUACCCAUCAUGCCGACUGCCUUGAUCACUCGCACCAAUAUAGCAUUCGAAGAUCUUGAACUUUUAAACAGUAUUCUGCUCGUAUCUGAAGCCACAGCCAGUUUCCUUAGCGCCCUAAUCUUUAGGUACGUCCUCGACCGGUCGGAGACGCGUCGAAAACUAUACAUUAUUGGACUGCUCCUAUUGUUGGUCUCAAUGGCCUUGCUUACAUCUGCAUUCUCAUUUGCCUGCUACUUGGCAGCACGGAUUCUCCAGGGUGCCGCUGCGGCUAUGGUCGCAGUAGCUGGACUUAGCAUUGUUACCGAGACAAUAGAUAAGGCUCAUCUGGGCUAUAUGCUUCGCUAUAUUGAUUUUGGCCUUAUCCUGGGAUUUGCCUUGGGCCCUUUGCUAGGCGGACUCAUAUACCACACCGCCGGAUAUUAUACGGUGUGUGGAAUCGCUUUUGGCCUUAUUAGCAUUGACCUUGUGUUGCAACUAGCAGUCAUUGAGAAAAAGGCUGCGACGUAUUGGCUUGAGCCGGAGGAAAACGAAAGGAUGCCCGAUCCCGUUCUUCCCACACCUUGCCUGUAA